ACUCGACAUAUUCACAUCACAUCGCCUUUUCACUUUAUCACACCAAUCAAGUACCCGAGUAAAAUGACUCCAGUUCUCCUUCUGAUAUUCAGUUUUCUUUUUCUUGCCUUUGCCAACCAGCACUCUCCAUGCGUCAACGUCCACAUGAUCGUUGCCCGACAGAGUACCUCCUGGCCAGGGGAAGGUCGCAUGAAAGAGCUGGCCGACCAUAUCAAGCAACAACUCCCAAGUUCUGACUCCGAAACUCUCCAGUAUCCGGCAUAUGGCGAUAUCUGGCGAUAUCGCUCUUCGGUGUUCACUGGCGACAAGGCUAUGCUCGCUGCGAUUAAUACUUAUACGUCACGUUGUCCAGAUUCGAAGAUUGUGCUUCUAGGAUACUCCCAGGGCGCCCAUAUUAUCGGUGAUAUUCUUUGUGGCUCCAUUGUCGAGAGAGGCUUUCCAGCUAUCCCUCCGAUUAACGGUUACCUGGUGAGAGGAUUGUUGCUGCGGUUUCAAUGGGGGAUCCUACAUUUGUGCCAGGUCUUCCGUAUGACCUCGGGACAAGCAAGGACACUGGGGUUCGAUUAUCCUCUCCGAGCUAAAACUACGACUAAUAUGCAGGGCCAGAAAUUUCUCCGUAUAAACAACACGGUCUGCACCGGAUAUGACUCCAUUCGGCGUUCGUAUUGUGAUGACGGCGACAUAUAUUGCGCCCCGGGAUUUUGGUUUGGGGUUCAUAGAAGAUACGUUGCGAGAUACAAAGACGAUGCGACACGUUUCGUGCUUUCGAGAGUCAAUACAACAAUGCAACAGUGGUGACAUGACGCUCUUGGUCCCAGGUCAACAUGUGCUGGAGCUCUAGAGUUUCAAUCUGUUAUGGAGGGCUUUGGCAUCUAAAUCAAAUGGCCCGUAUGUCUACACAGCUGUGCUCUUAAUUACGGAGGAUCAUAGCGGCCACUCCACAAUAACAGUUUCCCUCACUAAGUCCAUUUACCGCUUUCUCAACCGCUU